GGUCACCGUCUGAACACUAACGGUCACAACAGAAUCGAAAAGAGGACGUGCGCGCUCACCGCUGUCAUUAAUAAAAAAAAAAAACGUCUCAUCGAUUAACUCAUCUUGUUUAAGUCGGCUAAAAUGGUUAACGUGAAAAUAUCGAUAUUAGUGCUUUUUGUUACAUUGAUCUUCGAACCAUGCUGCAGCAGAUCAGCCAUGGACGUAGAGCAGUCGGUGGUGAGCGUCUACACAACGCAGCCUUCAGCGCCAGGAGCGCCUCUUGACGUCUACCAUCAGCUGGCCAACAACAUCGCUGAGAGGAUCACUUCUCCGAUAUACAGGUUUCUCGGCAUCGGCAACCGCACCCAAGAGAAGACAACCCAAAAACCCUGGGACAACAUCGAAAUACUAGACGAACCAAUGAAAUCUGUUCUGAAACCGCUUGACAACAGCAUCACGACUGAGAGAGAUGUAGAAGAAUUAUCAGCUGAUGCUUUAAAGAAAAUCGACAGGAAACCAGAGAAGAUAUCCCUCCUGCCUACCUACUUACCGGUUCCGGAAAAGCUCAAUGAUACGGACAUCGACGAGCUGGAUGAUGAUGAUUUAUUCCAGUUUGAGGACGACGAUGAAGUCACCAAGCCAAGAGAAGGCCCUUUCAUAUACAUACUAGAGUUGGCAGGCAGCAUAAUACAAUUACUUUGGGGUGGCUUCUUGAGCUUGUUCAGGCCAUCAACUAAGUCUAGUUAGGUUAUUAAGUUUGGACCGUUGCGUGUGCAGUAUUAACUAAUUUUUUUUUGAGUAGCGUAAACAAGCAGACGUGUUCACGGGCCAUCGGGUGAUAAAUGGUUACCGUCUGAACACAACGAGACACAAGGACAUAGUAUCGAUUGAAUUGCAUUUGUGGUCCAAACUGAAACCAUCCAGACGGUAUCCCGGACGACGUGUCUGGACGUCAGUUAAAAUUGUGGUGCUGAUAAACACGUAUAACCGUCUGCAAAUAUAGUAUAGCAAAGUAAAUUAUAAAGAUUUUUAUGGGUGCUAGUUCAAGGUAGCUGUUUUUAUAUUCAGUAGUGCCACGGGAGCUAGUCAUUACUCCACAUCAGGCGGGUGCCGGUCCGCUUCCCCCAUCCAUACAAGAAAGUUCAUAGUCAUUUACUAGUGGUAGGAUCUCUCGUGACUCCGCACGGGUAGGUACCACCACCCUGCCUAUUUCUGCCGUGAAGCAGUAAUACGUUUCGGUUUGAAGGGUGGGGCAGCCGUUGUAACUAUACUUGAGACCUUAAAACUUAUAUCUCAACGUGGGUGGCGCAUUUAGCUUGUAGAUGUCUAUGAGCUCCAGUAACCACUUAACACCAGGUGAGCUGUGAGCUCGUCCACACAUCUAAGCAAUAAAAAAAGGCAUAUUUUCAGUUUCAAUGACAUCUAUGUUGAUUAAUGAAUGUAAAAAUAAAUUCAAUUGCAAGAGCAAAGAGAUUUAGAAUCGAAAAGCCAAACUAAUUUUAUUUUUCGUUAUUGCUUAGAUGGGUAGAUCAUCGUCGAAGUGUCAAUUUCAUGGUAUAGCGACAGGGCUAUUUUCUCUUCUUUUUUUAUUACCUUUGUAGGCAGAUGAGCAUACGGCCCAUCUGAUAGUGAGUGGUUAUAGUCACCCAUGGACUUCAGUAAUGCCAGUGGCAGAGCCAAGCCGCUGCCUACCAUUUAAUACUCUCCAUAAGCCUCGUUUGAAGAAGGACAUGUCCUAGCGCUCGGGAAACACCCUGGAGGGGAGCUCAUUUCAAAACCGGAUGGUACGUGGCAAAAAUAUGGUGGAAGGUAUAAUUGCUUCGCCGCGGAAGUAAGCGGGAUCAUGUGACUUAGCUGGUCAGACUCACAAUGCCCCCUACCACAAGUAACUCACAGACUCUGCGGAACACGCGAAUAUUUUUAAGAAAGUACCUACUUAUAGGAUACUAAGUCUAAGUCCGUCCGUCAUAAUAAAACUGACGAAUAACUAGAAUAAGUUGUAUUCAAAAUAAAAAUAAAUAUAAUAAUUUUAUUGUGAACUACACUUUUUGAAAAUACGAGUAUUAUAUAUAAAUCACUACAUAGUAUAAAACAAAGUCGCUUUCUCUGUCCCUAUAUCCCUAUGUAUGCUUAAAUCUUUAAAACUACGCAACGGAUUUUGUUGCGGUUUUUUUUAAUAGAUAGAGUGAAGUAGAAGUAGAUAGAUUGAAGAGUAAGGUUUAUUUGUAUAAAAAUUUUUUUUUUUUUUUUUAAUUGCCUUUGUAGGCAGACGGGCAUACGGCCCACCUGAUGGUGAGUGGUUACCGUCGCCCAUGGACUUCAGCAAUGCCAGGGGCAGAGCCAAGCCGCUGCCUACCAAAAUAAUAGCAUCGAUUAGAGCGUCCAUUCGAACGUCCAUGUAAACCAACCACUUUAUUACACUCACACGCACUCACACGCACUUACACACAUCGACACAACACGUCAUCAUCACAUUCAAACUUAUUCUGCAAGUUAUCAUUCGACAAAAUUCAUCUACUUAUUUAACUGCCUUACCUUUACCUUAGUUGGAAUACCUGUGUUCGUUAAUUAUGUUAACAUUUUUUGGAAACAUAAUGUGUUUCUUUAAUUGGCUCAUGUUUGGGAAAACAUCCUCUGUACCCUGUGUCUAGUUAAAUGCUGUUGAAACAUUGUUGAUUAAAUAAAUAAAUAAAUAAAUUAAAUAGUGGAGAAAUCAAUAAUAAAUUACAGUUUCCGAAGCGAAGCGAGGGCGGGUCGCUGGUAGCUUAUAAAGCUUUGAUAACUCACUAUGAAUAAACCAUGAGUUUAUCGAAGGAGCAUUUGGAGACGAACCAAUAUUAACUGUUUAGAUAGUUGUUUGACGAAAACUCAUUGAAACAACAAGUCAAUAAAUACAGCAAACUUAAUAACUUUGAAUCCGUUUGUGCUAAAGUAAAUUGACGAAAACGGAUUCAGAAAGGGUAGCAUCUCGCACCCUGUACAAAUAUGUGAUAGUAAAAGAAAAUGUGAGAAAAAAACGAAGCAAUUGUGCCAUGAAAAGUAUCAAACACUUUUAAAAUAUGCGGAUUAAAACGAUGUAAUAUUAAAGUUAAUAUUAAUAAA